AUGGCGGCUAAAGACGAUUUGAACGGGUCGUCCAAAUUCGCAGAAAGUGCCGUUAACUUGAUUUCGCGGAAAAGCAACGGCCAGACUCUGCCGUCGCGGCGCCAAUCCAUUCCCAAGAACCAGCCAAGUCUCAUCGGCCGUCUCUUCAGCACAGCUGCAAGACUCUUGACAUGGUACUCCAUUAUCACCAUUCUCUUCCGCUGUCCUGCGUCUCUCGACGCCUGCGACGAAGCAUCGCCACGGAUAUGCAAGCCCUACUUUGAGGCCAAGCUGGCCGUUGAGCCCUUUGUUCGGCCGUACUACGAUGUCUAUGCGGCCCCGUACGUUGAAGUCGUCCGGCCCUAUUACGACACGGUCGACCGCAUGGUCAUCGGGCCCGCCCGCCAGUAUGCGGUCAAGUAUGGCGCACCGCGGGCAGAGCAGCUGAAGCUGCUUACUCGGUCCCAAUGGGAUAAGAACGUCCAGCCGCAGCUGGCAAAGGCCCAGGGCGUUGCCGCAGAGAAGUACGCAGUGCUCCUUGGUCCUCACGUCGAUGGAGCGGUUGCGGUUGUGCGUCCCUACGUCGCCAUUGCUCGUCAAAGCGCUCUGCAGACGCACGAGGAUGUUAUCUUGCCCUCCUUCCGCUUUGUCGCCCCGUACGCGCUGCAGGGCUACGCAGCCGGCUCGUCAUUUGUGACCGGAACUGCCGUGCCGACGGCUAUCUGGACUUGGCGCAGGGUCGCCGCUUUUCUGGAUGGUGCCGUUUGGCCACGGCUGCAGCUCCUCUACAUCGACACCGUUGAGCCGCAGCUGGCCAAGAUCGGACAGCGGCUCGGCCGCUACAGCGACAAAGGCCAGGGGACGAAGCAGAAGACAUCCAUCCAGAGCAUAGCCCCGUCCUCCUUCACGAAGCCGACGUCGCCCGGCAGUUCCUCCAAGACAACGGCAUCGUCUGUGGUGGCCGAGGAGACCACAACCACGACCACGACAACAGAUGCCGGGGUUUCAUCCACUGGUCCAACUGCCACGCUGCCCCCUCCAGCUGUCACCGCGGCUGCCAAACUGCAAUCCCAUGCGCCCAUCCAGCCGCCAGAUGAGCCGGAGCAGGGUGAGAACGACGAGCGCCGGAUCGCCCGCGAGACGGUGGCCGAGGACCUGCGGGCGUGGCAGGAGAAGUAUGCCAAGGCAGCCGAUGAGGGCGCAGCCGAGAUCGAGCUGCGGGUCGAAGAGAUCGCCACGCGCAUGAUCCGCCGGCAAGCGCGGAUCACGGGCAAGUCGCUGGUGGUGCAGCUGGAGAAGGCAGUCGAGACGCAGCUGGCGCAGCUGCAGCAGGAAAUUGUCGAUGUGGUCGGCGCCGUAGCCGAGGUCAAGGCGGCGAAAGCUGAGGCCGAUGAGCAGAUCCUGGCAGCGGUGCGGCGGACGGGCGUGGAGAUCAAGCAAAAGGCGCAGGCGGUGCGGUCGUGGCGCGACGAGUUCAGCAAGGAGCUCGAGCAGACGGUCAACCGGGCGGCCGAGAACCACUUCACCAUCCUGGGGUCGAUCCGUGACCUGGCGCUGCAGAAAAUUGGCAUGAAAUGGGCCUGGAUGGAGGGUGUGACAUAUCGCGACUGGGCCAAGUACCACCAACUGAAGGGCCGGUUCGACGAGUGGGAGAACGACCUGGAGCAGCUGAUCGUCACGCACCCGGCGCUUGAGGAGGCCCAGAACGCCGCCCAGGCGGUCGAGGACGAGGCCAUGCUCACGGCACAGUCAGCGGCCAAGGAGCCCGCCCGGCUCAAGCAAGUCGCCCCCGGGAAGGUCGCCGCGCUGGAUGCCAGCGACAGCUUUGACAGCGACGCGACCAAGGCUGCUGCCGAGGCUGCCGAAGCCGCCGCGGUUGCUGGGGUUGCUGAGCCGGAGGCGGUUGCUGAAGCUGAGGCUGGGGCCGAGACAGUUGAGGCCGAGAUUGUCGAGACAGAUGAUACAGAGACGUCGACUGCCACUACAGCCACUGAGACAGAGACACAGAGUGCCGAGGAAACUGUAGGCGUCUCGGAACCAAUUGACGAUGCAGACAUCAUCGACAUCCCAGCCUCCUCGUCGGUAGCCCCGGCCUCCACGGUGUCUGCUGCAGAGGAGACGCCAACAGAGGUAGUGGAAUUUGAGAAAACCCCUGCAGAGGAGGAUGUCGUCGAGGCACCAGCGCCCACAGCUGAGGCGGGCAAUCGGGAGGCCCCGGAAAGCGAGCUUCCUGUCGACAACACCCUCACGGCUGUUCUUGGGGACGUGACAAUCCUGCCGGUGGCUGAGAGCUCCGAUGCCGAGGCUGUGGCAGUGGAAACCGCUACUCCCGAGAUCGAGGAGCCUGUCACAUCUGCCGUUGAGGACGAUGAGACAACAAACACCACGUCAAGCACUAUGGCCGAGAACAGCACUGCUUCUACAGCCGCGCCGUCAGACAUCCCCAGUGAACUGUGA